AUGACGAGCGAACUACUUACCGAUUCCAACAUCUCUGACAACGUCAGGGAGCUGGAACAGUCCAUUGUUUCAUUGCGACAGGCAGUUCACAGUCUGCCAAAUGGAAAUCCCGACCUACAUCAUCAUCUCUAUGAGCUCGGAAACCUCCUCCGUGAGCACCAUCUCGCUACGAAUGGAGAAAGUGAUCCUACAGAAGCCCUCUCUAUUUCUCGAGAAGCGGUGAAAGUCCUCCCUGCAGACAAUCCGAUGGCUGCAACAUAUUUAAAUAACCUGGGUCGCCUGUUGCGUCACAAAUUCGAUUUCGAGAGAGACCCAAGAGACCUUGAUGAGGCUGUUGAGGUUUUCAGGCGGUCUGUUGAUCUAUCGAAAGAUGACCCAUCUUGGCUCCAAUGGUUAACCAACCUCGGUAAUAGCAUCUACACUCAAUAUAAUGUCACAAGGUCUCUCUCUGCUUCAGAAGAGUCUAUUAACAUGGCCCAAAAAUUACUCGAAUCAUCCCCAGAGAAACACACAUCCCGCAGUACAUUACUGCACUUACUCGCCGGUAGUUUUUCAGAUCGACAUGUCCUUACGGGUGCAAUGGAUGACCUCAAUGGCAUAUCUUGUUUCCUAGAUAGGCUAUUGUUGCAACAUCCAUUGAUGGGCGCUGAUAUCAAGUCUUUGGAAGAGCAGUAUCCUGAUCUAGCAACUAACUUCAACCGCCAUGACAUGAUUGAGUAUGUUAAAACUGGCACAUUCAGAAGUGACGAGGCUCUUCAAUGGCUGUGGGACUGCGUCGCAAGUCCCGUCUUGAGUGCUUUGGGAUUCGAACAGCCCCCUUCUGAAGGAGAUUGGCCUCAUGUUUGGUGGAUCAUGACAGGACUUCUGAACAAGUUUCCCAUUCACGCUGCUGGCCAUCACUCGAAAGGCUUUUUCGAAACGGUCAUUGAUAGAGUUAUUUCGUCAUAUAAUAGCUCCAUACGGUCAAUAAUCCGCGUCGAGUCAGAAGAGCCUGAACCGAAUAGGGAUAAUGUUCUGACAAGCUUGCUUGAAUGCGGGAUAUUUCACUUCGCCGGCCAUGCCUGCACAGAUCCUGAGGAUCCAAUCGGAAGCUAUCUCUGUUUGGAUCAAGAAAGAGAGAAAUGCCUGACCGUUUUGGACCUGUUAGACAUAAACCUACAGAGUCGCUCCCCUUUUCUUGCCUAUCUCUCCGCCUGCGGCACUGGCCGUAUUGGGAAUAACGACCUGGCGGACGAAGGAAUCCACCUCAUAAAUGGAUUUCACACAGCUGGUUUUCGUCAUGUCAUCGGGACUUUAUGGGAGGUCAAGGAUGAGAUCUGUGUAGACAUGGCUAGGAUUACAUAUGAAGGAAUAAUGCAAAAUGGAAUGACUGAUAAAGCAGUCUCUCAGGGACUCCACAAUGCUUCCAGGGAGCUUCGAGAUCGUUGGGUGACAAUGGCUAGCGCUGAUCACCGGACAGUUGGAAGCUCACAGGCAAGAGGGGGCGAAAAUGAGAGAGGCGACGGAGGUGAGAAUGAAAGGAGAGGUCAUGAAGGGUUUUCAAGGGAUAUUGUAACAUGCGAUGACGAGCCUGUUUGGCCUCCUUGGAUUCCAUAUAUUCACUAUGGGGUAUGA